AUGGAUGCACGGGAAAUUGAAAGCGAUGACAAAUGGAACGAGAUUCUCAGUAGAAUGUUGCCGGCCGGAUCUCCUCUUCCGGACCAAGACCAUCUUGAUUACUCUAUCGCCAUUGAGUACCACGGCCCUCCGGUUCCUUACGCCGUCCCUCGCAUCAAACCUCUCAAAUUCGAAUCAGCCUCCACCUCACAUUAUCCGCCGAAUGUUUCUUGGUCCGGCCGAAACCCUGCCACAUCUUCAGUGUCAAGAACUCUAUUGGAAAUUCUCUAUUCAACAGACCGAGACGAAGAAGAGCAUGCAUCAAGUUCGCAGAUCCCGAUGAUAUGUGAUACGGAAAUGGAUUACGAUGGUGAUGUUUCCUCGUCACGGUCAAGUUUAAACAACUCUGAAUCAUCUCCAAUUCCAGUUAAGAAGAGAGAUACAUGGUUUCUAUGGAGGACUGGAAUCUGCAGCAGGUGUGGGAUUCGAAGCAGGUUAAGGGAAAGGGAAGUGUGCAUUGUAUGUGAAGUUAGGUAUUGCAGAAACUGUUUGAUUAGAGCCAUGGGAUCCAUGCCAGAAGGGAGGAAGUGCCUUGUCUGUAUUGGACAUCGAAUAGAUGAAUCGAAUCGUUCUAGUUUGGGGAAAAGCUCGAGGAUGUUGAGAAAUGUAUGUAGUUCUUUGCAGGUUAGACAGAUCAUGAAAGCCGAAAAGGAAUGCCCUGUAAAUCAGCUCACUCCUGAGCAACUCUUUGUGAAUGGAAAGAAGCUUUUAGAGAAGGAAUUGGCGGAAAUAUUGAACUGUCCAAAUCCGCCUCAAGAUCUGAAACCUGGGAAGUAUUGGUAUGACAAAUAUUCUGGAUAUUGGGGAAAGGUGAAAUUUGUUGAUAAUUGCUGAUGUUCUUAGUUUUUCUUUCUCAAUUAUCAUUCAUCGAUUUUCAAUCUUGUUUUCAGGAUGGAGAGAAACCUAA